GCCAGGACUCCCUCCCUGCAGCUGCGGCCAAAGGGUGACCAGGAGCUCCGGCUCCACGGCUGGGACAUUUCGCAACACGGGGCUUCGGCCGGACGGGCAGCAGCUUCCCUCGAGCCUGCUGCAGCGACAGCAAUGGCUCUGCUGAGACCACAUGGCCACUGCUGGAAAAGUUAUCAGAUGCAGAGCUGCUGCUGUCUGGGCCGUGGGCAAGCCACUCUCUGUUGAGGAGGUGGAGGUUGCACCUCCAAAAGCAGGUGAAGUCUGUGUCAAGGUAAAAACGCGUUUCCAUAUGUUUUUUCUCCCUUCUGGGAAUUAUUCUUCUUGUGGCUAUACCUUGAAUAUACCUGACAGGGAUCUGUGUCCACUAACAGGCCUUAACUGUUCAGAGGCGCCCUGUGAAAAAUCCUUCCACAAACUGAGUUCAACAGAGGCCAGACCAUUUCUAAAUCUCAUCUGCUCUUUCCUCUCCAAACAGAUUGUGGCCACGGGCACCUGUCACACAGAUGAACACAUUUUGGAAGGUAUCUUUCCUAAUGUGGAUUUCCCAGUUAUCCCAGGCCAUGAAGGAGCUGGGAUUGUGGAAAGUGUUGGAGAAGGAGUGACCUCGGUGAAACCGGGUGACAAAGUCAUCCCCAUUUCCCUUCCUCAUUGCGGGGAAUGCAGCUUCUGCCUGAAUCCCGAAUCCAACUACUGCCUGAAGUCCCACUUCUCCAAAUCACAAAGCCUUCUGCCUGACACGACCAGCUGGUUCACUUGCAAAGGGAAACAGAUUCACCACUUCCUCUGGGUCAGCACCUUUGCAGAAUACACCGUGAUCCUGGAGUAUGCUGUUGCCAAAAUAGAUGCUGCUGCACCUCUGGACAAAGUCUGCUUGCUUGCUUGCAGGUUCUCCACACGCUGUGGGGCUGCCAUCAACACCGCCAAGGUAAAACCAGGCUCCACCUGCGCUGUCUUCGGCCUCGGAGGAGUUGGCCUCUCUGUUGUCAUGGGCUGCAAGGCAGCUGGAGCUUCCCGCAUCAUUGCCAUUGAUAUCAACAAGGACAAGUUUGCCAAGGCCAAGGAGCUGGGAGAUACCCACUACAUCAGUCCUCAUGACUUCAAGAAGCCCAUGCAGGAGGUGCUCACUGAGAUGACCGGCCAUGGCAUGGACUACUCCUUUGAGGUCAUCGGGCAUGCGGAUACCAUGACUGCUGCCCUGGCCUCCUGCAAUAUGAACACUGGCAUCUGCAUCAUGGUUGGGGAACCAGCUCCUGGUUCAGUGAUUUGCUUCGAUCCUAUGCUUGUGCUGUCUGGGCGCACAUGGAAGGGGACUCUGCUCGGACGUUGGAAUAUGAGAGAUUGUAUCCCCAAAUUAGUUGCCAGCUACUUGGAGAAGAAAUUCAACUCAGACGUGCUGAUCACACGCGCGCUGCCGAUUGCUAAAGUGAACAAGGGGUUUGAGUUGUUACAUGCAGGAAAAAGGUGAGACCCUGACCAGCAGGAGGGAGCUACAGCAGACGCCACCUCCACCGAAAAUUCAAACCAUCCAAACACUCCGGCAGGCAGGCAGAGCAUGCAAUACUGCCUUCUCAAAAAGCACCCAAGCCUUUGGAGGAAGCAGGGAUCAGGGAUGUACGUUGGGAGGAUCUGCCAUAUCUCAGAGGGAAGAGCCCACGCUCAGCACGGGGAACCCGCCUGCUCAUGGUUCAGCUCAGCAGAGAGCCCAUGGCCCCGGUCCUGCACUGAAGCCAGCACAGACCCUCAGAGACCACAUCACAGGGCACUGUUUGAGAGCACGGGACAGGCGAAUGGGAGCGAGGAGUAAGGGGCAUCCUUGGCGACAAAGGCAUAAAGGCCAAAGGAAGGAAGAACAUGUCUUACAGCACAGCACAAGAGCUUUGGGGAGGGACAAGGAGCCUUGGUUCCUGAGGGGUUCCCUCAGCAGAGUUUGAAGGCUGCCCCAUUGCUGCAUGGCUCCUGCAGCUGACUUGGGCAGAGGCUGGGUGAGAAAGGAGGCGGCCAGUCCUCAGGCACACCUGCCUGCCCCGCUGCCUGCUCCUCAGCACCCCCAGCCGCAGCACCUCUAACUCCUCCCUUCCUUUCCCUUCCACUUUGCAGUAUUCGCACCAUCCUGCUCUUUUGAAGGACGCAGCCACAGGAGACCAAGCGGAGGGACCGGUGCAGCACACACUCUCCUGGCACAGGCCCUUCUUGCCCAGCACCUCACUUUGUGGGUCGCAAGGAGACGAGAACGAGGAACUUGCCGACACUGGUGCCAUUGCCAGAGUUCCUGAACCUGGCCAAGACCCAGAAGGAUGCCUCUUUCCAAGAAAAUACUUUUACCAAUAAAGGGGUUUGUUCAAACUAAUCCUAUGCAGUGCACUCCAUCAACAGAGGUCCGUUUGGGCAGGAGGAGCUCUUCCCUGUACCGCAGGCCCUUCCAUCACACCCCUUGAUUCAGCGGCAAGCAACUGCCUUUGUCCCUUCCACAGCUGCUGCUUCUCACCUUCACCCACCUUACACACUUAUGCCCACACGUCUCUGCCCCCAUCUCAGCUGGUUGAAUGCUGCAACCUCAACUACAGCA